CACCCCACCAACCUUCCCAGGGUGUAGUCCCUUGGCUUUCCCCAGUGAAUGACCACCCUCCAGGGCAGGAGAAGGCGGCUGAUCCCACUCGGAGAGGGAGGGGAGGAAACUUGUUGUAAACUUUCUGCAAAGUUUUCAAAAAGUUGGGAAACUUGUGCAAAGGGCGGCAUGGUUAAGGGGGAAAGGACUGAGUGUGUGAGGGGAGAGAUGGACAGUCUUUAAUUCUGUACAGCAGGAGAUAAAGAGGCUGGAGUUACAGAGUUCCCAGGCCACUCUGUGAGAGCCUGUAGUUCAUAGAGCAGCACUCCAGCCUGGACUACAGUCUUGUGAGUGGGUGUUAACCUCUGAAUGAAAUUCUCCACCUCUCCCACAGGGAGAUCAGACACUUUGCUGCUUUUUCCUUGGUUGCUGUUGUAGUGUUUUUUCCUUAAAAAAUAUGUAUUUUCUUCCACCCUGCUGCUGAGUUGUUACAGUCAGAUUUUAUUUUAUUUUCUGAGCCGUCGACCAUGGAUAAAUAUGAGGAUUUGGGGCUGGAGGCCAGUAAAUUCAUCGAAGAUUUGAACAUGUAUGAAGCUUCCAAGGAUGGGCUGUUCCGUGUGAACAGGGAAAGUUGUAAGCCCGAGUUUGAGGAGACCAGGCGUGUGUUUGCCUUUAAGAUGAACAAGAUCCAUCAGCAAAGGCAGCAGGAGAUGGCGAGGAUGGGGCUGGUCGCUCAGCCCGGCAGGUUAAACGGGGCUUAUCCUAGCCCUCAGCCCCCCAGUGAAGCCGACAGGCCGCCCAGCUCCGAGCGAUCCGCCCGCCUCCAGAAGCGCUACAGCGGCGAGGGAGCCGCCAAACCCCCGGUCGCUGGGGCUGGAGGCCCGGUACCCCCGGAGCCUCACCGGCUCAAUCGUUACCCUCAGGAACCCGGCCCCAGGACCGGCUCGGAGGGUGAGCCCCCCGGCAACAGGCACUCGGCGUCCACUCGGCCCGACUACCCCCAGUCUAGCCCCAGGACCAGUUGGAAUCAGGAGACCAGGUCGGGGGUCUCCAGCCCCAGAUCCAGUGUGAUCUCCAGUGAUCCAGCCCUUUAUAGUCCCACCAAGGGGGUUCCAGACCAGACCCACAUGGGUAGCCUCAAGUCUGCCCCCAGCCCCAGAUCCAGUGUGAUCUCUAGUGAUCCAGCCCCUUAUUGCCCCACCAAGGGGAUCCCAGACCAGGCCCACAUGGGUAGCCUCAAAUCUACCCCCAGAUCCAGUCUGAUCUCUAGUGAUCCAGCCCGUUAUAGCCCCACGAAGGGGAUCCCAGACCAGACCCACGUGGGUAGCCUCAAAUCCAGCCCCAGAUCCAGUGUGAUCUCUAGUGAUCCAGCCCGUUAUAGCCCCACCAAGGGGAUCCCAGACCAGACCCACCUGGGUAGCCUCAGAUCCAGCCCCAGAUCCAGUGUGAUCUCUAGUGAUCCAGCCCCUUAUAGCCCCACCAAGGGGAUCCCAGAGCAGACCCACCUGGGUAGCCUCAAACAUACCCCCAGCCCCAGGUCCAGCCUCUUGCAGUACGGGCCCCUUCCCUCCAGCCCCACGGUCCCGGAGCCUGAUGCCUACCGACCCCAAGGGCAGGAAGAGCCCCCGCGAUGCCCGGACUCGCGGCCGGCCACUCUGCCCGAAGGGGAUACUGACCCAAGGGGAGCUGACGGCGGCCGAGGGGGUAGAAACCAGGCCACUCCGGGCCAGAACCAGCUCCCUCUGUUCCCGCAGGAUGCGGACUAUAAGCUGGCGCCUGGACUGCCCGAGCCCCGCCAGGAAUCUAGCCCCAGGGUCCGCCUGCCCUGUCAGACCCUCCAUGUACAGCCGGCCACUGGACCAUCCAGGGCUGAACUCAAAGUCGAAGCUCUCACCCAGCGCCUGGAGCAGGAAAUGGAUGCGAAUCCCAAGGCGGAGUAUUUUGGAACGUGUGUGAAGUGUAGCAAAGCAGUUUAUGGAGCGCAUCAGGCUUGUCAAGCCAUGGGGAACUUGUACCAUGACGCCUGUUUCACCUGCAGUGCCUGUAGCCGACGGCUGCGGGGAAAAGCUUUCUACUUUGUCAACGGGAGAGUGUACUGCGAAGAGGAUUUUCUGUACUCUGGUUUUCAGCAAUCUGCUGAUAAGUGUUUUGCCUGUGGCCACUUGAUAAUGGAUAUGAUCCUGCAGGCUUUGGGUAAGUCCUACCAUCCUGGAUGUUUCCGCUGUGUCAUCUGUAAUGAGUGCCUGGACGGUGUACCCUUCACUGUAGAUACUGAGAACAAGAUCUACUGCAUCCGAGACUACCACAAAGUGUUAGCUCCAAAGUGCGCUGCGUGUGGCCAGGCCAUUCUGCCAGCAGAGGGCUGUGAUGAAACCAUUCGGGUGGUCUCUAUGGAUAAAGAUUACCACGUGGAGUGCUAUCAUUGUGAAGACUGUGGCCUGGAGCUGAAUGAUGAAGAGGAUCACCGUUGCUACCCCUUGGAUGGACACUUGCUCUGUCACACAUGUCACCUGAAGCACAUUAACAGUAGAACACCUGGCACCAUCUACCAGCCCAAGUACUAGCCCUUCCUCGAGGCAGAGUCUUAAUGCCCACCAGUUCGGAUUGACACUGAAGCUGCAACAAAAAAAAACCCUCCCCUCCCCCAGCAUCAUCAUCUGAGGAGUCUAGGUAAUGACGGCCUCCAACAUAACCUUCCUCAUCCACUGAAGGGGAACAGAAACAAGAAACAGGAGCCAGCUCUCAGUGUGUAACGAUCCUUCAAAGACUCAGUUGUUUACUACAUUUUAACAAGACUGAUCAGCUGACGAUCCCCAUGUUACAGAAUUGCAGUGUCGCCAAAAGUCAGGAGCCAGUUGUCACACCAAAUUGUAUUGAAGUCAGCUUCACGUGAACAUCCUGUAGGACUUUUUUUUUAAAAUAAGGUUUCACACAACGUUUUGAAUUUGUCACAUAACUGCAUUCCCAGAAUAGGGAAUAGAUCCAUGUCGAAAAGUCGGUUGGAGUGUCGUGUGGACAAACAUUGGCGCAGGGGGGAUCUCACUGGCCCACCGAUCCUGAAAUCCAGGCUGAGGACACUGGUUCAAAUCCAGCCACGGUAGCUGGUGGAAUUCUUCAAAUGUGUUCAAUAAAUCUGGAAUUAGAAGCUGGUCUCCCAGCAGUGACCCUGAUGGGCAUCCUCGAUUUGUUGUAAAACCCCAUCUUGGUUCGCUCAUGUCCUGUUAGGAAAUCUGUCAUCCUUAGCUGGUCUGGGCCUACGUGUGACUCCAGACACUCAGCAACAUGUUUGACUCUUACCUGCCCUCUGAAAUGGCCCGAGCAAGUUGCUCAGUUCAAGGGCAAUUCGAGACGGGUAACAAAUGCUGGCCUAGCCAACAAUGCCCAUGAAAGAUUAGAAAAAGUGUUAUGGUUGUCACGUUGGUGAGGCAAAAACCUGUUGAGAAUUUGAACACCUAGAACACCUACGUUCGGUUCGCAAUAAACAGGUGCACCUCCCAGUCGCGAACCAUUUCAACUCCCCCUCCCAUUCCUCAGACGACAUGUCCAUCCUGGGCCUCCUGCAGUGCCACAACGAUGCCACCCGAAGGUUGCAGGAACAGCAACUCAUAUUCUGCUUGGGGACCCUGCAGCCCAAUGGUAUCAAUGUGGAUUUCACAAGCUUCAAAAUCUCCCCUCCCCCUACCACAUCCCAAAACCAGUCCAGCUCGUCCCCGCCUCCCUAACCUGUUCUUCCUCCCACCUAUCCCCUCCUCCCACCUCAAGCCGCACCCCCAUCUCCUACCUACUAACCUCAUCCCGCCCCCUUGACCUGUCCGUCCUCCCUGGACUGACCUAUCCCCUCCCUAACUCCCCACCUACACUCACCUUUACUGGCUCCAUCCCCGCCUCUUUGACCUGUCUGUCUCCUCUCCACCUAUCUUCUCCUCUAUCCAUCUUCUAUCCGCCUCCCACUCUCUCCCUAUUUAUGUCAGAACCCCCUUCCCCUCCCCCUUUUCUGAUGAAGGGUCUAGGCCCGAAACGUCAGCCUUUCUGCUCCUAUGAUGCUGCUUGGCCUGCUGUGUUCAUCCAGCCCUGCACCUUGUUGUCUCGGAUUCUCCAGCAUCUGCAGUUCUAUCUCUGAGAAUUUGAACCUUCUCUGAGGUAAUCUUCAAUAACAUGUUUCCUGCUCUUUGGCAAAGACGUUUUCCAGGUGAAUGUAUUAUGGUCAUAAAGAAGCAAUCCAUCAACUCCCCUGAUCUUGGUUGGGACAUUGUGCUCUUCCUAUGUUGAAGUGGCAUGCAAGCUUUAAAAAUUUGGCUUCCAAAUCCUCCUCCUCCUCCUCUUUCCCCAGCUUAAACCCUUCCCCGAAACUGUCACGAUUGGGUAUAUUAAUGCAUUUUGUCUAUUAACAUCAACUGCCAAUGUACCUGAUGUUUUAAGACAAAAUGAUUAUUUUGGCCCCAAGAGAAUGUUUUAAGUUGUCGGGAUAGAGUCUGGAAUGUGUCCACCGAGUCACAGAACAGUCACGGCUCUGAGUGAGGUCGUUCAGCCCAUCUUGCCCGUGCUGGUCCUCUUCAAGAAUGUGUUUGUAUCCUUGACGGUUCUCAAUCCUACGAGAUUCAUAACGUGUUGCAUGAACUGUAACAUGGUCUGUACCCCAAAAAAAAUCUCUAAAGUAGAAAAGUAAGAUUUAAGCAUGUUUUAAACUUCAAAAAAAAAUCCCUAAGAUCAGAUACUGUUUAGAAAGUGCUUUAAGUGGUUUUUGUUUUCACAAAUUUCAAUUACAUCAGCAGCCUUCAAAAUGAACAGCCCAUAUGCAUCACCCAUUGCCUUCCAAAUAAAUUAGUCUGGGCUCAGAUGUUUUUUUCACUGCAAUUAUUGGUAGCAAAGCUCUUCUCUGUACAAGGGCUGAGAAAGUAACAUUCUCAGGAAUGUCUUUCUUACACUGCCCUUCAUUAUGGUUUAGAUAGAGGUCAUUCUACUCAUUAGAUCCUGACCAGCUCUCUGCAGGGCAAACCAGUCAGUUCCAUUCUCCCGCUCUGUCCCUGUAGUCCUGCAGGUUGCUGACCCCUCCCCCCAGCUGACCAUCUCUGUUCCCACUACCUUCCUGUGUGGUAAGUUCCAAGCCAUCACUUGCAUGACUAACCAAAUGAAAGUUUUUCCUCAUAUUGGAGGCCUUUUUAUUUUGGUGGACUCAUAUCAAAGCGUUAAACUCGUGAGAAACAAGUUAAUAAUACACUGUAAGUCAAAACACCGUACGAAGAACAAACCACUGUGAUCAGUCCACUUGCCAACCAAUCAGCAGUCUUCUCUCCUCCAACAUAAAUAUGGGUUUUCCCCGUAAAUUGGUAUUCUUGCAAAUUAUCCUGAUGAGUACAAGACUGAACAAAAUGUGUCUGUUUUUCAGCAAUGCUCGAGCUCUGCACUACCAAACAACUAUAUGAAGUAUAAGACCUUACUUUCUUUUUAUAUAAAAAUAACUUGUUUCAUUCAAAUAUCCAUGGCACCGUGCGCAGUAACAUGAUGUUUCUGGUUUGGACCGUGACAUAAUAUGAAAGGGCUGUCAUAAUUGGAUUAAAAUCUGGACUCUGGGAUCUCUCAGCUUGAAUUCAGUCCAAACAGGGUGAAGAUCUCUCUGCUGUAAGGUUUCUCUGGGAAGUGACAGUGAAUGUCCCCGUGGAUAUGAAGCUGCUGUGAAGAUCGUUGAACGUGGCCUCCAGGAGGCGUGCCUGUACACACCGGACUAUUCAACCAAUGGAGUUAGAGCUGAAUUUUGACUGUGGCACAUUAGUUUUCCAUACGAUACACCUGUAUGUUGGUUUGAAUGUUGUGGUGCAAUAGUAUUUUGUGCUUGAGAGUAGCACUUGCUGACAAUGCACUAUAUUCCAGUCCUUUACCGCAGCCUCUGAUGGGGGUUUUACUAGCUAGGGGGAGUGGGGACAGUGAGGGUAGAUAUGUUAGGGAGGUGGCAGUCAAAUCAACAGUAAUCCUGGUUUAUUUUCCAAUGCUCACCUGGUUUGAGAAUUUACAAUUAAAAAGGAAGAAUAAACUUGAAUGAAUAUC